UCUUUUUUUGUGAAAUAUCGAUUGUUUUUCGCAUACAAAUAAAAAUAAUGAUUUACAUACCAUACAACGUCAUAUAAAAGUGGGGUGCAUGUCUGGAACUGAAGGGGCUGAGAUAGAGUUACACUUAGUAAUAUCAUCGAAACUUUCAUGUCAGUAGUUAUUUCUUACUCGACAACUUUACACCUGUGUAUCGUUAUAAUAUUUAAUAAUAAUUUUACAUAAUAAAUUGAUAAAAAUCAUGUCAAUUUCGGAAAGAACGGCUUUAAAAAAAUCAAACACAAACAUAUCUUACGUUGAAGAUACAAGUGUACCGUUAAAUCGUAAAAAAAAAAUACAUAAAUUUCAGUGGUGUGCAUAUGCUAUUGCUCUAUCAAUAUUGAUAAUGGCACUUAUGCUAACUAUUGGAAAUUUAUUUAUGAGCACUCCCAGCAUUAUUGAAACACCGUCUAACUUUUCAAACAUUACGAGUUUAAUGGAACUGGAGAUUCCUUCACAGUUUCAGAGCAAUGAUGAUAAUCAAAUUGUCGGAGCUAAGAAAUUAUUUCUUGAUAAAGACGAGUUGUCUGAAGCUGUCAAAGUCGGACAUGAAGCAAUUAAAAAAAGAGUAGUAGCUGAUGCUUCAGCAAAAUCAUUUUCAUUUGGUGAAAUAUCACCGGAUAUCCGACACCGACGUGCUGUUAGUACAACUCCACUUGCUGGUCGAAUCGCCAUUGCUGGAAUCGGCGAGUUAGCAGCGAGUAAUUAUAUUGAGACAGCAAGAAAAUCAAAAGGUAUGGAUUCAGCAGUUGGUGCAUUUUUUGAUGGAAUGUGGAAUCUAACAGGAAUUUCGUCGUGCAGUGAGACAGAAAAUGCUCAAUUAAUUUCAUGUGAAUCGAAAAGUAAGUAUAGAAAUAUAAACGGUAGCUGUAAUCGUCCACAAAAUCAAGGAGCAGCAUUUACAAGAUUUCAAAGACUUCUUCCAUCGGUCUAUGCUAAUGGUAUUGAUACUCCAAGACACGCUAAAUCUGGUAAACCUUUACCAUCAGCAAGAAAAAUUAGUUUACAAGUACAUGGUCCAUCACCAAGUUCAAAUCCUUCAUUUACUGUUAUGACUGCGGUAUUUGGUCAAUUUUUAGAUCAUGAUAUUACUGCAACAGCAAUAAGCCAAAUUAAUAAUACUUCAUUGGCAUGUUGUCCACCAAAUCCAAGUCAUCCUGAAUGCUUUCCUGUCGAUGUUGGACCAGGUGAUCCAUUUUAUGAUAAAACAGGUUCAACAUGUAUGGAAUUUGUUCGAUCAGCGCCAGCUCAACAAUGUAGAAUUGGUCCACGUGAGCAGCUCAAUCAAGUGACUGCAUUUAUUGAUGGAUCUGUUAUAUAUGGUUCCGAUGAAAAUACUUCAAAUUCAUUGAGGGAAUUUAAAUUUGGAAGACUUAAGAUGUUUAAAACACCAGAUGGAAGGAGUCUAUUACCAUUAAGUACUGAUCCAUAUGAUGGCUGCAACAGAGACAAAGAAAGACAACGUGGACGGUAUUGUUUUAUAUCUGGUGAUGCAAGAGCUAAUGAAAAUCUUCAUUUAACAACAAUGCAUUUGCUGUGGGCUAGAUAUCACAAUAAAAUUGCCAAUAGACUUGCAGAAAUAAAUCCAAUGUGGUCAGACGAAAGACUUUAUCAAGAGACACGACGAAUAAUAGGUGCACAAUUGCAACAUAUAACUUAUAAUGAAUUUAUUCCAAUUAUACUUGGUGAAACUGAAAGUAAUCGGCUCCGGCUAAGACCUCUCAAUGAUAAUCAGUUCCGAUAUAAUCUUGAUGAAAAUACUAAUCCAUCAAUAGCUAAUAGUUUUGCUUCAGCAGCCUACCGUUUUGCACAUACUUUACUCCCAGGUCUUAUGGAAAUUACAGAUGCAUAUAAUGGUACUGAAGAGUACGUACAACUUCACAGAAUGUUAUUCAAUCCAUACAGCUUACAUGCAGAACUUGGAAUUGAUCACUCAAUUAAAGCAGCAACUUCUAAUUUCAUACAAAAAACAUCGACUCAUGUUACACCAGAAUUAACAAUGCAUUUAUUUGAGGAUCCACUUAUAAAUAAAAAAUUAAAAAAUAAAAUAACACCAUGUGGUCUUGAUUUGGUGUCUCUAAAUAUACAACGUGGUAGAGAUCAUGGGCUUUCUGGGUACACUGCAUGGCGUGAAUAUUGUAAUUUAAGUAGACCUGUUACGUUUAAUGAUCUUCGUUCUAUAAUGGAUACUGACGCAUUAACAGAAAUAAAAAAAUUAUAUGAAAGUGUUGAUGAUAUUGAUCUUUAUACUGGUGCACUUGCUGAGAUAAAUAAAUCAGAUGGCAUUGUUGGACCAACUUUUACGUGUUUAAUUGGUGGGCAAUUUCAACGACUACAGCAAGGUGAUACAUAUUGGUAUGAAUCAGCAAGUCAACCGUACCCUUUCACAAAAGGUCAACUCAAAGAAUUACGAAAAACAAGCCUAGCUAGACUAAUUUGUGAUUGUUCUGAUGGUAUCACCAUAACCCAACCUUUAGUUAUGAGGUCUGCUAGCAAGACCAAUCCAACAACUUCAUGCACAAACAUCGCGAAUGUUGAUUUAAUGAUGUGGAAAGAAUAACUACCAUUCAGAGUUAAAAUUUCAUUGACUGAAUGAAUAUGAAUUUUUCAUAUUUUAAUACAAUUACUAUUAUUAUUAUUAAUAUCAAAAGAUUGAAUAAGCAACAACUAUGUUUCUUUACCCUUAUGUUAUUUUUUUCAUUAAUUUUAUGUAAUCCUUUUUGUAUAUCACUGUCUAUAAUUUGACGAUGGUAAAUAACUCGCUUGGAUUGCGAAAAAUAAUCUAAAACGAGAGUCUAUUACAUCAAUGGCUUUUUCAGUUUACAAUAUUGUUAUCAUUUAAUAUAACAUAAAAUUCAGUUGUCUCAUCAAUUGGUUUUCCACCAACUGCAACAGUAAAAUAAAAAUUAAAUUUAUUUUGUAUCUUGAUUAUAUCUGUAUCUCUAAUUUUUGAACUUCAUAGUUGGAAUUCCAAAAAUAAAAUAUAUAAUAUUCAAUUGAAAUAUAUUGACAAAUACUUAGUUAUAUAUGUACAGCUAAAAAGAUAUAUUUUUAGAUGAAUUAUAAAAAUAAAUGUCAAAAUCCGUGUCUCAUAAAAAAAAUCUCACGACUUGAUAUGAUUAGGAUACCUACAAAUUAUUCAGAAAAAAUAAAUAUUAUUAAAACAUAAUAUAAUUAAAAAGUAAUAUAGAUGCAGCUGAAACGUUUAACUGACUAAUGUUUAUAAAAAAAAAAAAAUUUCAUUGUCUAUUUACAAAAAAAAGUAAAUUGUAAAUAAAUUUCAGUUAUACCUGUUAGAAUUUGUAUACAAUGUCAUUUUUAGAUUUUUCAAGG